UUCAACAACAACAACCAAUGAUUAUUAUGCAACCAACAAUUGCUGUACCACCAACAGCCACAUAUCAACAACAGCGACCAUUAUUACAACAACAACAACAACCGGCAAAUUUAUCAAAUUCAUUAAUGUCAUUUUGUUGUGGUGGUUGUCGAAAGAAUGGUUUCGCAAACAAUCCGCAAACACAGUUAUUAAAUCCAUCAGUUAGUAAUAAUUAUCUUUAUCAACAACAUUUUCAACAUUUACAACAGCCAAAACAACAGCGUUUACAACAACAACAGCAACAGGCUUCCGCAACGAUACCCACAUCAUCAUUUAUACCGGGAUGUGGUGGUCAACAACGUUAUGUAGGUGGUACUACUACUAAUUAUCUAAUGCCGCAAUCGCAACAACAACAACAAUCGCAAUCGCAACAAGCAAAUAUUAUGUCACCAUCACGUAAUAUAGGUGCCUAUGGAACAAUAACAUCAUCAUCACAGCAACCGCAUCACCAAUCGCAAUCGCAAUAUGGAAAACAAUUAUUAUCCACAUCAUCACCAUUAAAUGGGCCUUAUCAUCAACAGCAACACGGUGGUGGCGGUAGAAUCGUAUCCGAUAUGAUGAUCAUAACACAACCAGAACAAUUUCGUUCACGUAUAUCCGGGUUAACAUCAGAUGUUUUCAGACAAAUUGAACAAGUUGAACAACAAUUUGAUCCAAAUUCAUUAGCAAAUAUACAAUAUUCUGAAUUAGAAAAUCGUGGUGAAAUGAUUAUACGUAUAAUAUCACCAACACAAUUAUUAUCACAAUGGUUAGAUGAUAGUAUUCGACGUUUUGGUGAUUGUUAUGGACAAUUACCAUCAUGGAUACAAUUUGUUGAAAUUAUUAAACGUCCAGGACAAACAUUAGGCCUGUAUAUUCGUGAAGGUGAUGGCCUUUAUACAAUGGAUGGUGUUUAUAUAUCACGUAUUGCCCUUGAAUCCAGUGUUUAUCAAUCUGGUUGUCUACGUGUUGGUGAUGAAAUUUUAGCUAUAAAUUUUGUUGAUGUUUCACGUAUGUCAUUGGAUGAUGUUGUUCUGAUAAUGUCCAUACCAAGAAGAUUAAUAUUAACCAUUCGGUCAAGACCAUUGAAUGCUGAACAUAUGCUUACGAAUCGCAAUAUCUAUGGUACGGGAAUGUCUGAUUCUUGUUAUUAUGAUACGGUAGCUGGUGAUAUUUAUAGUCGUGUUGAUGAUUUACGUUUACAACAACUACAGAAUAAUAAUAAACCGGUUGUUGUUGUUAAACAAAAACAACAACAAUUUACUGAAACAACAACAGCCGCAGAUUUGUUGUUGGAUGAAGAUGAUGAAGAAGAAGUUUAUCAAGCAGCAACAGCCGCUGCUGAAGCUGGUCUUUUGGAUGAUCCAAGUACAGCAGCCGCUGCUGCUGUUGCUGGUUUACAAGAUCCAACACCAGCAAAAGCUGCGGCUGCUGUUGCUGCUGUCAAUGAAAUUAUUGUUCGAAGUGGUAGUUCAUUAGAAUUGUAUGGUGGCAUUGGCGGUGGUUCAAGACCUGGUUCAAGUUUAAUGAUGGCUACAGCACGUCAACGUUAUCGUAAUCAUCGUCGUUUAUUUACAUCCGAUAAUCUUGCUGAUCUUUAUCAAUCUGAAAUGGAAAGAGCUGAAAUUAAUAAUAAUUUAUAUAUGCCAGGUAGACGUGGUACAUUACCUACCGGUUCGCUUAUAACUGCAACCAGCGCCACCACUAUGAUUAAUCAAAAACCAUUACGAACACCAUUAUCAUCAUUAUAUCAUGGUCGAUUAGCACAUCAUCAUCAACAAGGAUCAUCAAGAUCAAGAUCAGCAACUGGUCGUUUAAUGCGUACAUCAAGCGAACAAAUGAUUUAUGGUGGUGGUUAUGGUCUUGGUCUACAUCAACAACAAGAUCCAGUCGAUCAAAUUGAUCAUUUUCUACAACGUUAUCAAUCGGCAAAACAAUCAAUGCGUCAUCGACCACCAUCAUCAUCUCGUAUACGACAUCAUAGUUUUGAUCAAUCAGCAAUGCUACGUAAUUCAUAUUCAACACAAUCAUUACUGGGUAAUUCGAAUUAUUUGACCGGUAGUGUCGGAAUAGGUGGCAGCACUAGUACCGGUAUUUCACAACAACAUGGAAUGGCAAUACCAUUACCAGGUAUGGCUGAAGCUGUUGCAAUUGCCCGUAGACGUUAUCUUCGUGGUGAAACUACUAACGCUGGUGAUGGUUCGGGUAAUAUAUUUGAUACGGGAAAUUAUUCCGAUACUGAACAACAAAAAUAUCGUGCCCGUGUUGAUCAACAACAUUCGAAUAACCGCAGUAAUUCAUUACCAAGAGCUCCUGGUAGUGGCCUUAGUGGUAGUCGUCAUUCUUCAUCACAUCAUCAUCAUCAUCAUCGUGCCAGUAGUAGUUUAUCAAAUCGCCUGCAACAAUUAGAACAAUUAUAUUCAUCAUCGACGACAAAGAAUCCACGAUUAUCAUCAUCGAUUCGACCACAUUCAGCAAUGGCUGAUAAUUACAGUAAUAAAGAUAUUAUUGAUGAUGAUUAUUCAACAUCAGCAGAGUUGUUAGCGCAAAUGCGUCGUAAUGUUCAUGAUCAGCGAAAUCAAUAUUCUGGACAACAACAAAGAUUAUCAUCAACAACACGUUUAGAUUCACUGCGUGCUAGUUUAGCUGAAUCAUCAUCAUCAUCAACUGAAGAUAUUUUGGGUAAAAAUAAUCGUAGUUUGACAUCAUCAUCAAGAACUGCUGCUGCUGCUGGUGGGGCUGGUGGUGGUGCUUCAUCAACAUCAGCCAUAUAUGAAACAAUACGUAAAAGUAAAAUGGCACAAGACCUGCAACAACCACAAUCCGGACGUUUAGCAAUUUCAGGUCAAAUAAUGAUGAUGAAUACGGAUGAUAUGAAAACACGUUAUUCGAAUUUACAAAUGACGAAAAAUUCUACUGAUUCUUCUGGAUUUCAUCAUCAAAAUCGGCCACCAUAUGUGGAUGAUGUGUUGAUGGAUCAAGGCAGUGUUCAUCAGCGACAACCGCAAACAUCAGCGGCAGGAGCGGCGACAACAACAUCAUUAAUAGGACAAAUAUCAACACGUCCAUCACGUAUAUUAAUGAUUGAUCCAAGCGGUUUUCAACAAUAUGGUCCGGAUUUACAUCGACAACAACAAGCGACAAUGUCAACGGGUAGUUCGAGCGGAAAAUUAAACGAUGGUCAAAUUGCCGGUUAUAGUGGAUUAUUGGUCAUUCAUUUGCUGGGUGUACGUGGUCUACAAUUUGAUCAUUUAAUUCCGGCAAAAAAUUUAUCAGCAGCGACAUCGACAGCGACAGCGGCGACAACCAAACGAGUAUUAUAUUCAGUUGUUGAAUGUGAUCGAAUAUAUAAAGCUCGAACAGUUGCUGUACAAUCACAUGAAAAUAAUAAUACAAAUUUUGAUUGGGAUGAAGUAUUCGAUAUUGAUCUAUUUGAUACAAAAGAAGUUUCAUUUUUAUUCUAUACAUGGGAUCAAUCAUUACCUGAUUUAAAUAUGCGUCAUAAACAAUGUUCCAAAGGAACGAUACAUUUACCAUCGAUUCCUGGAUUGAUUACACAACAUGUUCAUGCAUUUGAAUUACGGUUAUAUGAUACACCUGGUGCAAUGUUUUAUAUUAAGCUGGAAUAUCAUGAUUUAACGCAAACAUUUAAAAGAUCAAAACGUAGUGGUGGUGGUGUUGGUGGUAAUUUACGCACAACAAAUCGAUCAUCAAUCGGUGGUAAUAUUGGUGGCAAUGAGCAACCAUUAUUCGGUGUUGAUCUGGAAACAAUUAUACAACGUGAACAAUCCGGUUAUUCAAUACCGAUAAUAAUAAAACGUUGUUGUGAUGAAAUAGAAAAACGUGGUUUAUAUAUGUUAGGUAUUUAUCGUCUUUGUGGUUCAUCAUUAGUUAAACGUACAUUACGUGAAUCAUUUGAAAAAAAUUCAUGGUUAGCUGAUAUUAGUUUGGAAAAUGUUCCCGAUAUUAAUGUUAUAACAAGUUUGCUCAAAGAUUAUCUACGCGAACUACCUGAACCAUUAUUCAAUAAAGCAAUGUUUGAUAUGAUGGAUGAUGGUUUAAGUGUUUGUGUACCGGAUGAUCCAACCGGUAAUGCAAAAUUAAUGUUUUCAAUAUUGGAAUGUCUUCCUAAAUCACAUCGGAAUACGGUAUUAUACCUGAUGGAUCAUAUAAAAUUAAUACAUAUAAAUUCGGAUCGUAAUAAAAUGACAUCACAAGCAUUAGCAAUUUGUUUUGGACCAUUAUUUUCUUGUCAUGAUCAAUCGGAUUCGGUUUAUAAACCAAUACAGGUGUUUAAAUUUCUGUUGGAUAUUUGGCCACGACGUAAAGGUGCAAUGAAUAUGCUUAAAAAAUCGGACGAUUUUAACCCUCAGUCAUCAUUGAUGGAUGGUGGUACUGCAUCUUUAUCAACAACAACGACCAUUGCUUCCAAUAUUCGAUCACCAUCAUAUCGAUCGCCAAUGAUUGCGGAUAGUUUUACCACCACCACUUCUUCUUCUGUUGAUCAUCCUCAUCACCAUCAUCAGCAACAACAUCUUUAUGAUUCACCAUCAGAUCCAUCAUCAUCAUCAUAUCGUUUUCAAUCGAAUAUUUUACAAAUGGAUGGUUCACCAACUAAAUUAUCAACUGCGUUAACAACCGCAACGACGACAACGACAACCAGCAUUAGCGGUACAGGCCGAUUAUUACCAUCAACACAGAAUGCAACCCGUACAAUAUCCGCAUAUUCAUCGGCAACAAAUUCCAUAUCCAAAUAUAAGGUUCCUGCCGGUUCAACUGGACCUUUAAUGUUGAAUUCAUCAAAUGCUGGGGUUACCGCAACAACCACUACCGCAAUUACAACCACCACCACAUCAUCAAGUCGAAUCAGUUCGAUUGAUUCGAUUUUAUCAUCAUCAUCACCAUAUCGAUCCCGUUAUGGUACGUCAUCAAUGAAUGCGACAAGCUCAUUAGAUUCGAAUAAUGAUAUUCGAACAUCAGCAACAUCAUCAUCAUAUCGAUUUUCAACUUCUUCGGCAAAUUCGGAUUAUUAUUCCAAAGAUUCAUCUUUGAUCGGUGGUGGUGGUACUACUAGUGGUGGAUUAUCUUCUUCACGUUCACCAUAUUUAUCAUCAUCAUCAUCAUCAUCAUUACAAAAAAAUCAAUAUACCGAUAGUGAAGUUAUUGAUCAAACAUAUAAAAAAUAUCUUAAUAAUCCAUCAACAACGACAACAACAAUAUCGUCAUCAUCGAUUAGCGAUAUAAUGAUUACAUCAUCGACAACAACCGCAACCAAUGAAGGAUUAUAUUCUACUGUAAACAAACCAUCAUUGAUGAGCACAACAAAACGAUCAUUAUUGUUCGAAGAUUCGAAUCGAAUAUUGAAUAAAACGAAUGAUCCAUUACAAGAUGAUGAUGAUGAUGGUGGUGGUGGAUCAUUAUCAUCAAUCAAAAAUUUACGUUCAUCAUCAUCAUAUCUAAAUGAUAAUAAUGAUUUACCAUCAUCAACAAUGACAUCAUCAUAUCAUCAUCAUCAUCAAAAUAAUCAUAAUUCGCCUACAAAACCACUUAUAACUGGUAGUGGACCAUCAUCAACACAGCUUUAUCCAUCAAGAUUAAAUAAUAUUAUUAGUAGUAAUAGCGGUAGUAAUACAAUGAUAACUAGCUCAUAUACCACUGGAUAUUCAUCAUUAUCAUCAUCAUCAUCAUUAUUGGGCCGUAAUAUUGAUGAUAAUUCUGCUUCCAAUCCAUUAACAACAACAACAACAAGUAAGUUUGCCUCAUCAUCAUCGAUGACCAAUCAUCAUUUGGAUCGAGAUUUAUUAACAGGAAAUGAUUAUAAUACAUCGUCGUCACGGAAGAUUGGCGGUGGUGGUACAACAAGCUCAACAAUCUAUUCAACGAUCAAUGAUGAUGAUUCAUCGACAACAACAACUAUGAACAAAAUUCAAUCCAUAAUCGAUCAUUCGGGUGAUGAUUCUAUGGUUGGAACAACAUCUACGACAUCAUAUUUCCAACAAUAUCAAACACCAUUAAUUAGUUCAAGACAUUAUUCAUCAACAACAACAACAACAAAUGAUUAUCCUCAUCAUCGUCAUCAUCAACAAAAACAUUUGGAUGAUGAUAAUGUUCUUUAAACAUCGAAAAGAGUGGUAAAUUGAAAACCUAAAUAGUUUAUCCAUCAUCGAUCAUCAAUCAUCCACAGCAUUAUCAUCAUUAUUAUUAUUAUCAUCUAUAUGGGUAGUUUUUUG